AUGAUUUUGGAUUACCAACCUACUUUAUUUCUGCGUACUGAUUCCAUCAUUUUCAGAACGACAGCAUAUUCACAGAAGAACAUCAUCAUAUCGCGUUAUUCAUCAAUAGUUUUCAACUCCGCCUUCAAAGCUGUCCUCUCCCGAUUGCAUUCUGCUGGACAAAUAGUUCUGCUCAAAAAUGAAGAUUUCAUCUACCAUUAUUCUGAGGAGAUAGAGCGAAGCAUGAAAUGA